AUGAACCCUUCAGAGCGGACGAAAGAGGCACUUCUCGCAAAGACCGAGGCACUAUGCACUUCCAUUGUCGACAACCGGAAAGAUGACCCAUGGGGCGGCGACGGCUACCUCUCCACCAUUCUUCGCGCCGUGAAGAUGCAGGAUGCGACCGACUACUCGGAAGACGACACACGAACCGAGUUUCCGCCGGCAUUGGACUAUGCAACGUCUGCACAAAGGGAGCUGGUCAUUAGAGAACAAAGUGCUGCCUUGAUCCGAACGGCACAAGGCAUCUCCACCCUCAUCCGCGAUUUACAAGAACUCUGGCUCUUCGGCGGCCUCGACACCCUCUCAGACCCCGCAGAUGAAGAAGCGAACCGGACAAAGGCCCUUGCGGUUGCGGAGAUGAUUGAAGCCUUGGCUAAGCAGGGACCCGGUGGUGCGAGGCAGAAGGAAGAUGGUACAACCAAGAAGGAAGAGACACACAGCGGGUCAUGA